UGAUCAUUCACUCGGGCCUCUGGCCAAACCACAGACACGCUUCUGAAGCACGGUCAGAAAAUUAUGCACUUCAACAACACAUAAUCAGCAAAACAACACAAAAACACUCUCUCCAAGCAGACAGUUUGUCAGUGGGACAUCUAUGGUCUGACCAGCAUAAGAGCUUAGUGCUGGUGGACACAUCAAAGCUUUACAUUCAGACUUUCAGGAAAGAAACUACGGUGACUACACACAAAACAGAAAGGAAAAAUAAGAUGGCACAAAAUAAUCAACCAUUAGUGUCUUCAUCAGGAGACGUCAAUCUGGGAGCAUCUGUCAACCCUCAUGCCAAACCCACUGACUUUGACUUCAUGGCUGUUAUUGGUAAAGGAACAUUUGGGAAGGUGCUCUUGGCAAAACUCAAAGCUGAUGGAAAAUUCUAUGCAGUAAAGGUUUUGCAAAAAAAGGUUAUAUUGAAGAAAAAAGAGCAAAAGAACAUAAUGGCGGAGAGGAACGUGCUGCUGAAGAGCCUGAAACACCCUUUUCUAGUUGGGUUGCACUACUCCUUUCAGACCCCUGAAAAACUCUAUUUUGUGCUGGAUUACGUCAAUGGUGGAGAGCUGUUUUAUCACCUGCAAAGAGAGCGCUGUUUCUCAGAACCACGGGCUCGCUUCUACACAGCUGAGGUGGCCAGUGCCAUCGGUUACCUCCACUCUCUCAAUAUAGUUUACAGAGACCUCAAACCAGAAAACAUUCUAUUAGACUCCCAGGGUCACGUGGUGCUAACAGAUUUUGGUUUGUGUAAAGAAGGUGUUGAACCAGAAGGAACCACCACAACUUUUUGCGGCACUCCAGAGUAUCUAGCACCUGAGGUUUUACGUAAAGAGCCCUAUGACCGCACGGUGGACUGGUGGUGUCUUGGAGCUGUGCUCUACGAGAUGCUGUACAGCUUACCUCCGUUCUACAGUCGAGACGUAUCGGAGAUGUACAAUAGCAUCUUGCAUAAACCUCUCCACUUGUCGCCUGGAAAAUCUGAGGCUGUGUGUCACCUGCUCCACGGACUCCUGCAGAAAGACCAGCGUCGGCGAAUAGGAGCUAUCGCUGAUUUUCUGGAGAUUAAAAAUCAUGUGUUCUUUGCCCACAUAAACUGGGACGACCUCUACCACAAGCGAAUUACUCCUCCAUAUAACCCCAAUGUGAGAGGCCCCGCAGACCUUCAGCACAUUGACCCAGAGUUCACCAGAGAGAUGGUUCCCAACUCUGUGGGCCGUACGCCUGAACCCACCCCCAGCCUGGCCACCAGCAGCUCCAAUGCCUUCACCGGCUUCUCCUAUAUCUCUGGAGAAGAUAGCUUUCUUUGAGGCACAUUCUCUCACAUCAGGAGAUCUUCAAGCAUCAAGCACAUGUCAUUUCUGGACAUUGGAAAAACAUUGGAAUGUUUUUGAGUAUAUUAUCCUUUAUUUACCAUACCUAUAUACCAUGUUAAUGAGGGUAAAAAAAACAAAACAAUGCAAAGUAGGAAUUGUUACUGUUGGAUGAUGACUUGUUGAUUUUGUGCUCAUUGUGCAUGACUAACAAAAUGAAGUUUCAUCAGUAUGCACAAUUUUCACUGUGCAACAUUGAAGGACACUGCAGCAAGUUGCAAAAUCUGUAAAAUUCUUGAUUUCUCAUAUUGCUUGUCUCAUAGGGAUCAAAGUAUGGAUCUGUGUUUCUUAUCUAAGGUUUAAUAUGCUUUAUAUCCAAUUUCCGAAACAAGCAUGGAUGUGAUGUUUUUGGAAAAAAUCCGAAACAUUGUUUUAUAUUUUGUAAUAAGAUGCAAUUGUAUAUUAUGAAUAAUUCAUAAAUGUGAACAUCAUUUACAUUUACAUUUAUUCAUUUGCCAGAUGCUUUUAUCCAAAAUGACUUACAAAAGAGGAAAACAUAAGCGAAUCAUCUUAAGGAGACAGUGGUAUGAAAAGUGCCAUAUUACAAAGUUUCACUAGCAUCAGAAUAGUAUUCAAAACAGAUUAAUGUGCAACAAGAAUUUGUUUUUUUUUAAUGACUGGUUAAGUGCUCAUGGAAAAGAUGUGUUUUUAGUCAUUUUUUGAAGACAGAGAGUGAGUCAGCUUCAUGGAUGGAGUUGGGAAGGUCAUGCCACCAACGUGGUACGAUGAAGCUGAAAGUCCGGGAAAGUGUUUCGGUGCCUCUUUGCGUUGAUACAACAAGGCGACGUUUCUUAGCUGACCACAGGCUUCUAGUGGGCGCGUAGCUCUGCAUAAAUGAUUUUAGGUAUGCUGGAGCAGACCCAGUGACUGUUCUGUAUGCCAGCAUCAGAGCCUUGAAUUUUUAUACGUGCAUCCACCGGCAGCCAGUGGAGAGAGAUGAGGAGUGGUGUAACAUGCUUUCUCUUUGGUUCAUUAAAGACCAGACGUGCUGCUGCAUUCUGAAUCAUUUGCAGGGGUCUAAUUGCACAUGCAGUGAGGCCUGCAAUGAGAGCAUUACAGUAGUCCAGUCUAGUUAUGACAAGUGACUGGACAAGCAGUUGUGUGGCAUGUUCAGAGAGGAAGGGUCUUAUCUUCCUGAUAUUGUAGAGUGUAAAUCUACAUGAUCUUGUGGUCUUUGAGAUGUGGUCUGUGAAAUGUAGUUUGUUGUCGAUGGUUACCCCUAGAUUUCUGACAGUUUUGGAAGGCGUUACUGUAGUUGCACCCAGCUGCACGGUGAUGUUGUGUUCAGCAGCAGGGCUGGCUGGAAAGACAUCAUAAAUCCGCUUCAUUAAAUAUAUGUAUUAUUUGUAACAUGGUGGGUUGGAUACGGACAAACAUGGAGAAUUUGAUCCCAAGUGCAGAGUCAGUCUAAUUAGAGACAAAACAAAAUCUUUAAUGUCAACCUUUAAUUCCACAAAAAACUCGGAGACUCGAAGCAUAUAACAAAGCUUGAAAAAAACCUGAAGUUCUAAAACUAAAGUAAACAAAAGGACACUUAGCUGACGCAGAUUUUGCUCAAAAAUCCAGAAUACAUGUAAUACAAUUACCAAGACAGACUAAGCAUUGAACAACGGAAAGAGUAGUGCAGAAGGACAGAAACAAACAAAAGCAAUUAAACACAGCUGUGAGCACUAACUGACAAAACAGACUGGAACUUAUGGCCAUAAAAGGAAAAAGAAGGUGAAUGUGACAAACAUUUUGAAAAUUACAUUACAGGUAUCUUGAUUUCAUGGUGAAAUGUCCACUGUGUGGUGCUAAAAGGGAGUUAGACUUUCUCCCAAACAGAUGGUUUUUUUUAUUUAAUUUUUUUUAUUGCAUUUAUACACAUACUGAAAGAACCAGACAAAGCUAUUGCACUGAGGGAAGAAACAAACAACCAAAAAAAGAAAAGGAGGAUAAGGAAAUACAAAAUGGUAAAUACAAAUAAAGAACAGAAAUAUAUAGAUAGCAGAUGUAUAGAAAUAAUUUCAAAGAAAAGAGGAUAAGAAAAUAAUAGAAUAUAGCAUACAUAUGAAGAUAAAAAAAAUUAUGUAUGUAAAUUAGAGUUGUGGCUAUUGUAAUAUUCUUAAAGCAGCUGUGUUUCUUUAUUGAUUUACUUAAAAAGUAUAAGUAUUAAAUCAAAUGUCUUUACAUUUGCUUUUUUUUAAUUUGAAGCCAUUGCUGGUCAUAAUGGUUGGGGUGAAUUCAUUUUUAUAACAAAA